CACCAUGUGGACGUGACAAGUCCUGCCGAUAUUGGCUAAAUUUGGUGGUCACUUUGGUGGAUUGACUGAAGUCAUAACUGCAUUCACCGUUUCUAAUCAUGACGUGGUAAAUGAUUUUGCAACGGUACGCGCAAACCUCGCCUCAUUUAUGUGGGGUAUUAUGCCAAUCGACGCGAAAGAUCGGACACGAACACGAAGUUUCUCGCAAGACCAUGUCUUCUUUACUGCUGUGGCUUCAGCAAGCACCUUUGUUGCUUUGAAUAGAGAGUCGAGUCAUCUCUGUAGCUGGCUAAGCACAACACCGCGAGCAGAACGAUUGUUACCAUGUUCAACCGCUGUCUGCUGCUUUUACUCUUGGUGGCGGCCGUAUCCAACCUGGCCGAUGGGAAUACAGAAGUGGAAGGAAACGACUUGACUUUCGCGAUUGAUUUGGAAGAUAACGAUGCUUCAGACGCGGAGUCGAACAAAGAGUUGCGAAAGGACUUUUUGAGAGCUGUGCAAGGAGAUCAAAAGCAGCGACGCCUACACCAUCUUGGACAAUGCGAGAGCGAUUGUGACCGCAACAGUGAUUGUGCAGGCAGUUUAGUUUGUUGGCAAAGAGGCACAGGUGACCCAACGCCGCCCUGUUGCUCUGUGAGCUUUCCCAGUGAUAGCCGGGAUUAUUGCGUCCCAAGCAGCUGUGCUGCAAGUGGCGGCGGUGGAGGUGGCGGCGGCGGCGGUGGUGCCGACGAUUCUACCACCGUAGCUGUCAUCGCAUGCUUUUCAGGUGACACAAAGGUUGAUGUGUUUGGGAAGGGAAUGAUGCCAAUGGAGGGGCUGCAAGUGGGUGACAAGAUUCUCACUGGUCAAUCAGAUUAUCAAAGAGUGUACUCUUUUGGGCAUUACCAUCCAACCAAAGAGGCCGAGUUCUUGGUCCUCAGCACAGACGACAAUGGAGCUCUGGAGGUAUCAAGAGAUCACUUGAUCUAUCUUGAGGGAAAGCCCAACCCGGUCAGGGCCGGCUCUAUUAAGACUGGUGAUCGGCUGCAACCAUUGGGAGUUUCUGUUACACAUAUUGACACUGUGGCAAAGCAUGGUAUUUAUGCACCACUCACCGCCGAUGGGACUUUGGUACUCAAUGGCAACAUUCUCGCAUCAUCCUACGUUGCAUUGAUCCAAGACACGGAUGAAUAUGCAGAAUUCCAGGAUGGCACACCGUUCAUUGCACAACACACUGGAAUCCACAUGGUACUGACACCAUUUCGAAUGCUGUGCCGUGCCGUGGCAUUGGAGGGCGUGUGCCAAUCUUUUAAUGAUGAUGGCAUGCCGCAUCAUGUUGCUCAUGGUAUUGGCAUCUUGAAAUGGCUGAAUGAAAAUAGCAGCACUGGCACUCAGGCAUUCCUUUUGGCCAUAGCCUACCCAUUCUUUGGCGCCACAAUGGUGAUAGAGAAGGUUAUGUUCAGUCCACCACUGUUAAUUCUGGCUGCAUUUGUUGUUUGGAGAAUGUUUUGCAAAAGGAGCAAGGUUUGGGAUGUGAAAGAAGCGUAAUUGCAAGCUCAAGCAAGAGUGGGCAAGCAGUGGAAUCGAAUCGAAUCAAUACUGGUAGGGACCCUAACAUUAGAUAUGCAUGGUUUUAUUUUGG